GCAUAAUAAUUUGAAUUGAGGCCUGUUGUUUGGACAUGUUCUUAUCUGAACACGUGCUUAUCAUAAAAGUUCCUGGGGGGACAACUGUUAAGAUCUAUAAAUACCUUAUCAGUGAAGGAAAUUCAAAGCAUGGGUGGAGUGUUUAGUUUACUAAAAAGCCACAAUAUUUACUGCAGGUGUUGUGGUAUCCAAGGUGCUGUAGAGUAAUAGAAAUGUUGGUUAGAGAGCUAGAACAGAUCAUCAAAUUUAUGUGAAAGUUUUUGAUGACUGGUCAUGAAAUAUAUGGCAGGGUUUUUUUUUACCAUCUAAAGAAUACACUGUACAGAUUAUUUAGUUUAGAAGUUUUGAUGACUUGCUUCAACGAACAACAUGUUUUUUCCUUUACCAGGCAGACCCAAGGACAGCUCUGGAAAACCUUUCUGGGAUAUCCUCGUCAUAACAACCUCAGAUGCUUCACAAAAAGAAGCUUUUCAAAUCCAGAUUGAUGAGAAAAUUAAGAGACAGGAGCUGCCUCUUGAUUUGCCCAUUCACAUCAUCUCUGAUCCCCCAGGAAUUCGGAUAGGUAAUGGAGGUUCCACUUUAGUUGCUCUGGAGAAACUGGAGAGCGAAUAUGGCUCUGAAUUGUUUCAGAAAAAGAUUCUUCUUAUUCAUGCUGGAGGAUGGAGUCAAAGAAUGCCUAGUUCUACUAUCUUAGGAAAAGCAUUUUCAUUGCUACCUCAUGGAAACCCACCAUAUCAGAUGCUAGAUCUGAAAUUAGCACUCUACUGGCCUUUCGUAGAAAAAGUGCAGCCUGGUGUGUUCAUUGCUUGUGCUGAUGAUUUUGUUGUGUAUAGUUUGGGCAGUGAUGUGGACUGGGAAUGUCCUGCUAAUGGAUUCAUAGCCCUUGCCCACCCGUCCCCCAUCAGUAUUGGAAGAACACAUGGAGUUUAUGUUUUGUCUGAUGUAGAUAAGAUAGAUACUGAGAAGAAAGUUGUCGUGAGCAAUUGUCUUGAGGUGCUGCAAAAACCGAGUGACGAGAGAAUGAAAACAAGAGGUGCUGUGCUGAAGGGAGAUAGUCAUACAUUUGCCGAUGGUAUCUGUGUUCAAGGAGAAACUGUCUAUACAGACAGUUGCUUUUAUUUUGGAAUGGAUGUUGUCAAAAAGCUGCUCAACUUUAAAAAAUCUGCAGGUGAUUUGAGCUGUGAAAUUGAUGCCUAUGGGGACUUUUUGCAAGCCGUAGGGAAAAAUGCAACCAGCAGCUACAUUCACAAUGUUGGAAAUGUAAGUCAAAAGACAUCAAACUUGCUGGAGAUGAGGCAAGGAGUGUUCGACUGUCUCAAUGGCUCAGAUAUUCAUGUCUUGGUACUGAAUGCAUCGGCUUUCAUACACAUUGGUACUACGAAGGAAUUGUUGUACCAUUUCUGCCAAGAUGCGGAUUUCCAAGCUCAGCUGGCCUUUGAGAAAGAUGUCUUCAAUGUUUGGCUGCGUGAAGAGAACAGUGACAAUAAUAUCAAAAGAUCUGACAGAAAUCCUGAAAAGAUCUCUGCUGAUGCAUGUGUCAUGCACUCCGCCUUUUAUUACGAGACAAGAAUUGAUGGUCAAUGUGUUAUUGAUUUUUGUGAUUUUGAUGUGCCAGUUCACAUCUCAUCCAAAUGUAUUCUAAGCAAUUGUCAGCUCAGUUUGUUAAAUGAAAAGAACAGAGAUGCUGAGAUCAGUAUUCCACCUUCUAUGUUUUUCAACACUGUCCCUAUAGUUGGAGCCCGCUUUGUAACUGUAUACUUCAGUAUAGGGGAUAACUUGAAGAAAUCUGUUUGUUAUGAAGAUAUUGAGUCAUUACCUUUCAUGGACUCUGAUGUAGGGCAUUUUUUGGAAGAUCAGGGAUACACCAUCAAGGAAAUCUUACCUUCUGAUGAGAAAAACAACUCUAAUAGUGUCAGUGGAGCGUGUACAUCUCCGGACACAAAGCAUGUUGAUGGAAUGCACAAAGAUAACAAGAAGACAUAUAGUCUAUGGAAUCUGAGGUUAUACCCAGCUGCACCUUCGAUGACCAGUUCUCUAGAGGAGGCUUUACAGGGACUGAGUUCACAGCCACGAAGAAAAGUCAGCAAAGCUUCAAAAUCAAUGCAUUCAAUGGCUGAUCUUUUGAAAAUCAAAGAUGUGAAAGCCAUGUUAAAGUUUCGCAGUGAUCUGUUUGAAAAAAUCAGGGCUAAUGAAUAGAGAGAAUAAAGAGACUCCUCAACGGUCCUUGAUUUAGUAAUUUAUUGAACUGCAAAGAAGGUUGGUUUUGUUAUUAGGGUUUGAUAUCCCCUGCUUUAUAUUGUGUGCUCAAUGACUUUCUUUCUUGUGAUAUCUGUAAACCACUUCAGUAAAAUCAUAGUGAGUAGAGACUACUCAUGGCAUUUUGUUACAAAACCUUUCAAAUACAAAUUUAGAGAAGUUUGUAUUAAAAACCACUGCAAGCUAUUUUAUAAUGAUAACUCUCAAUGAUAACUCUCUCUGAUAUUUAUUUUUUUGGUGAAAGUUGUUUACAAUAUUCAGAUAAAUUUUUGCGACAUAUUCUUCAUAUUAUGUAUGUACUGCUUUCAUUUUAUUAUCCAUGGCAGCUCAUGCUCAAAGACUGCUGAGAAACUGCUUUAACUCUUUCCUGUUUACAUUCUUUGCCUGUAAUGACUGCCUGUAUUUGUUCAACUCUCAGUACACAUAAAACUUUCUAAACGCCAAGACAGACCAAUGACACUGGCUCUGAUACACUUUUUUUUCCUA